UCAGGUUAUCGAACUCCUUCUGUCAAGCUUCAUGAUAUGAUAACGCAGUCCACUGACGUUGAAAGGCACUUUCUCUCUCUAAGAUGUCACUUUCUCUCUCUAACAUUACCCUACAAACAUGUCAUUCCCACGCCAUCCAAUAUCAUAUCUCCACGAAAGAAACUGCCCUCUUAAAUUCUUCGUUUCGAGUCAUAACUUCUAAGUUUUAACCAGCUGAAUUCUGCUUAUGAAUAGUUUCUCUCUCUGCAUUUAGCUGCAUUGUAUUGGUUCUGGAUUUAAAAUUUUAUAUUUUUCUUGAAACCCAACUCUCUAUCUCUCUCUUGGCUUUUUUUUUUUUGGUUUUGGCUUAUUUUUUUCUCUUGUUUGGUUUUGUUCUUUUCUUUUCUGUGUAGCUUUGUUUUAUGCUCUGUAUUGCAAGUUGAAGAACUAAAGCCUGUUUUAGCAAGCUCCUGCAUUUCGUUUUUGUGGACUUGUUUGGAGUUUAAUUUGGUUUUAUUGGGUCCCUUUUCAGUUACUGGUUUUGUUCUUUUUUUCUCAGUCUAGUUUCAUUUGGAUUUGAAUUAGUUCUGAGUUCUGAGGCUAAAGUGAAGAACUUAUAAAAACUUGCAUUUUCUUUUUUUUCCUGGGAUUUUUCUUCUUUUUUGUUGCGUUUGAUUUUGAUGUUGGGUUCUGAAUCAAGUUAUAUCCUCUUCUCUAAAACCCCCAGUCUAUUAUCUGUUCAUUUUGAGCUGUUUCUUCCCAUUUCAGUUGUUACCACCUCUCUCUUCUCUUUGAUUUUGUUUAACAAUUGGGUACCGAAUUCUCUAGUUCGAAUCCACCAUGGCCACAUUAGAAGAUAUUGGGGUCUCUGCCUUAAUUAACAUCCUCAGUGCCUUCGCCUUCCUUCUUGCCUUUGCAGUUCUUAGGAUUCAGCCAGUAAAUGACAGGGUUUACUUCUCAAAAUGGUAUCUUAGUGGAAGUAGGAGGAGUCCAAGGCACUCUGGUAACACCAUUGGAAAGUUUGUGAAUCUCAAUUUCUGGACUUACUUGGGUUUUCUUAACUGGAUGCCUGGGGCUCUCAAGAUGAGUCAGAGUAAACUUAUUGAGCAUGCUGGGCUUGACUCUGCUGUUUAUCUCAGAAUUUACCUUCUUGGCUUGAAAAUCUUUGCGCCAAUGACAAUUCUUUCAAUCUUGAUCCUUGUUCCGGUCAAUGUAUCAAGCUCCACGUUGAAUUUCCUUAAGAGAGAACUAGUGGUUAGUGACAUUGAUAGGAUUUCAAUAUCAAAUGUCAGUCCUGGCUCCCAAAGGUUCUGGUUCCAUCUUUCAUUAGCAUAUCUCUAUACCUUAUGGACUUGUUAUAUGCUCUACAAGGAAUAUAAUACCAUCGCUUUCAUGAGACUUCAUUAUCUGGCAUCACAACAUCGACGUGUGGACCAGUUCACCGUAUCUGUCAAGAAUAUCCCAAUUGCUUCGGGCCACACCAUAUCAGAAACUGUGGAUCACUUUUUUCGGACUAAUCACCCUAAUCAUUACAUAGGGCACCAGGUGGUUUACAAUGGCAACAAAUUUGCGAGGCUUGUAAGGAAAAAGGAGAGGCUCCGAAAUUGGUUAGACUAUUACCAGCUUAAGUAUGAACGACAUCCUGAGAAGAAGAGACCAACUACAAGGAGAGGUUUUUUUGGCCUUUGUGGUGAAAGAGUGGACUCCAUCGACUAUUAUACUCAGAGGAUCAAUGUGCUCGAGAAGAGAAUACAAUCAGAAAGGCAAAAGAUCCUAAAUGACUCAAAGGGUGCUUUGCCUGUAGCUUUCGUUUCCUUUGAUUCAAGAUGGGGUGCUGCAGUGUGUGCCCAGACCCAACAAAGCAAGAACCCUACUCUCUGGUUAACUGAUUGGGCCCCUGAACCACGUGAUGUCUAUUGGCAAAAUCUGGCUAUCCCCUUUGUUUCCCUUACCAUCCGAAGGCUUAUAAUAACUGUUUCGGUGUUUCUUUUGGUGUUCUUCUACAUGAUACCCAUUGCUUUUGUUCAGUCUCUUGCCAAUCUUGAGGGCCUUGAGAGAGUUGCUCCUUUCCUUAGAACAGUGAUUGAACUGAAGUUUAUCAAAUCAUUCCUUCAGGGCUUUCUUCCUGGUUUGACUUUAAAAGUUUUCCUAUAUUUUCUUCCUGCUCUUCUGAUGGUUAUGUCAAAAGUCGAAGGUCAUUUAUCUUUGUCAAAGCUUGAGAGAAAGACUGCUGAAAAGUAUUACUAUUUCAUGUUGGUAAAUGUCUUCUUGGGAAGUAUUGUAACGGGUACAGCUUUUGAGCAGCUUCAUUCAUUCCUACAUCAAUCUCCUACCCAGAUUCCAAGAACUAUCGGAGUAUCGAUUCCAAUGAAAGCUACAUUCUUUGUCACAUAUAUAAUGGUUGAUGGUUGGGCUGGUAUUGCUGGUGAGAUUCUUCGUUUGAAGCCAUUGGUUAUAUUCCAUCUAAAGAACAUGUUCUUGGUGAAAACUGAAAGAGACAGAGAAAAUGCAAUGGAUCCAGGAAGCAUUGAACUUUCUAAUUCUCUUCCAACCCUUCAACUAUACUUUCUACUUGGGCUUGUUUAUGCUGUGGUCACUCCAAUUCUUCUUCCUUUCAUACUGGUUUUCUUUGGCUUCGCAUACCUUGUUUACCGUCAUCAGAUUAUCAAUGUUUAUAACCAAGAAUAUGAAAGUGUUGCUGCAUUUUGGCCACACGUCCAUGGUCGCAUCAUUGCGAGCUUGUUGAUCUCUCAAUUUCUUCUACUUGGUUUACUCAGCACCAAGAAAGCAGCUGAUUCCACUCCUCUGCUUAUUGUUCUACCAGUAUUGACAAUAUGGUUCCACAAGUAUUGUAAAAGUCGUUUCGAGCCUGCAUUCAGGAAAUACCCAUUAGAGGAAGCAAUGGCUAGGGACACAAUGGAGCGGGCAGAAGAACCGAAUCUAAACUUGAUGGCUUACUUAGCAGACGCAUACUUGCACCCCAUUUUCCAGUCUUUCGACGACGUUGAAAUGGGGGAAGUGAGAGUGGAUAAGAACCUGACAGACAUAGCUUCCCCCAUAGACAGUGAAUUGAGCUCUCCAUCACCGCUUCAUUAUGUGUAUAGCUACGAAGUGGAGCCUUGAAACUCAAGGUUUGCAUGCAUUGCUUUUGAACCAAUGCUAAUGAUGCCCUCUCUCUCACCUCUAAUUUCAGAGUUUUCUUUUUUUUCCUUUUUUUUUUUUUGGCAAUAUACAAGUGUUGUAAAUGUUGGUAGGUGUAAUUCCUUGGAACACAACUGCGGAAAUCACAGUUUUUCGUAGAAAUAAUUAUAGUUUCUUUUUUGUGA